CAUUAACAUCAACAAAAUUAAUAGAUUUAGCUAAAAAUAGUAUCAUUACAACUUAACCAGUUUGAAAGUCAUUUGCCGAGGUAUUAACAAAGCGUUCUUCAAUUCUUGGACGGUUUAAGCGUAUUUAAAGUCAACCGAUUAGAACAUUCGAUUCCAGGUUUGGGCAUUAAUUUCGGUACAUAAGUAAGCGCGAAAGAGAUCUCUAUACGCGUAACAGUGAGACGAUACUUCAUUCACGACAUACGUUCAUUCUAAAGGAAUGGAAUAGUCGGCUGCGGUGAGUGUGUGUGUUCAUCAACUGGAACGAUUGACAACUGGAUAGUUGUCUCGUUGUAGCGUGUUGUGUGCGUUAUCGCGUGUCGUGUCUACUGAAUGAAAGAGAAAUCGUGUGUCGUGAACGCAUGAGAUUUCCAAAUUCAUUUAGUCGGCUUUGAUACGUCGUACAGUUUGGAGCGAAUUUUAUUUGGAGUCGCCGGUUGAAGUAGAAUAUCUCUCAAGUCAAGAAAAAGUCUUGAACAUUUUUUUCAUUUCAAAAGUAAAGACGAAGCAGUGUAAAACCGUAAAAAUGGUGAACUAUCAUAAACCAGAAUCAAAAACUGUUCAAGAAUUGCGUGAUAUUGCUCACCGCUUGCGUAUUCAUUCAAUUACAUCGACUCAAGCAUCGAAAUCUGGACAUCCAACAUCAUGCUCUUCAAUCGCUGAAAUAAUGUCAGUGUUGUUCUUCAACACAAUGCGUUAUAAGCUAUCAGAACCACGCAAUCCAUCAUCCGAUCGUUUGAUUUUGUCAAAAGGUCAUGCUUGCCCAAUCUUGUACGCCGCUUGGGCUGAAGCUGGUUUGUUCCCAAUCGAAGACUUGAACAACUUGCGUAAAUUCGAUUCGGAUUUGGAAGGUCACCCAACGCCACGAUUGAACUUCAUCGAUGUUGGUACCGGUUCGCUUGGACAAGGUGUUGCUGUUGCCGCUGGUAUGGCUUACAUCGGCAAGUACUUGGACAAAGCUUCAUACCGUACUUAUGCCAUUGUUGGUGAUGGUGAAUCAGCUGAAGGUUCAAUCUGGGAAUCAUUGCACUUCGCUAGCCACUACAACUUGGACAAUUUGUGCGUUAUUUUCGAUGUUAACCGUUUGGGUCAAUCAGAAGCUACUUCACUUCAACACAACAUGGAAGUGUACCGCAAACGUUUGGAUGCCUUCGGUUUCAACGCAAUCGUCGUCGACGGACACGAUGUCGAAGAGUUGUGCAAAGCCUUCCAUGAAGCCAGUGUUACCAAGGACAAGCCAACUGCCAUCAUUGCAAAGACAUUCAAGGGGAAAUUCUUUCCAAACAUUGAAGAUUUGGACAACUGGCAUGGAAAGCCAUUGGGAGAACACGCCGAUGCUGUUAUCAAGCAUUUGAAUGGUUUUAUCCACAACAAAGGACCAUUGCAAAUUGCCCCACCAAAACCAGUAGAAGAUGCCGUUAAAGUACAAAUUGCCAACAUUCGAUUGGCCACACCACCAGAGUACAAAUUGGGCGAACAAGUAGCCACCCGUUUGGCAUACGGUACUGCAUUGGCCAAGAUUGCUACCAACAACGGUCGUGUGAUUGCUUUGGAUGGUGACACCAAAAACUCAACCUACUCAGACAAAUUAAAGAAAGCAUUCCCAGACCGUUACAUCGAAUGCUUCAUUGCUGAGCAAAAUUUGGCCGGCGUUGCUAUCGGUGCUGCAUGCCGUGGCCGUACUGUUGCUUUCGUUUCGACAUUUGCCACCUUCUUCUCGCGUGCAUUCGAUCAAAUACGUAUGGGCGCUAUCUCACAGACCAACGUUAACUUUGUCGGUUCACAUUGCGGUGUCUCAAUCGGUGAAGAUGGUCCAAGUCAAAUGGGUCUUGAAGAUAUCGCUAUGUUCCGUACAAUUCCAGGAAGCACAGUCUUCUAUCCAUCAGACGCUGUGAGCACAGAACGUGCCGUUGAAUUGGCCGCCAACACACAAGGCAUUUGCUUCAUCCGUACAUCACGACCAAACACUGCUGUCAUUUACUCAAACACCCAGAAAUUCGAAGUCGGUAAGGCUCACGUUGUCCGUCAAUCAGACAACGACACAGUUUUGUUGAUCGGCGCUGGUAUCACCUUGUACGAAGCUCUCGCUGCUGCUGCUGAAUUGGAGAAAUCAGGUGUCCACGCUCGUGUAUUGGAUCCAUUCACAAUCAAACCAUUGGAUGAAGCCGCUGUCAUUGCAAACGCCAAGGCUGUUGGAGGACGUGUUGUUGUCGUUGAAGAUCACUACAAAGAAGGUGGUUUAGGAGAAGCUGUUUUGCAUGCCGUCGCUGAACAACCACGUAUCGUUGUCAAACACUUGGCCGUGCAAAAGGUGCCACGCUCCGGUCCACCAACCGUUCUCAUCGACCAAUUCGGUCUUUCAGCACGUCACAUCGUCAAGGCUGCCGGUGAUGUUCUACAAAUCCAAAUCUAAAAGAACAGUCUUCGUUCGCAUUGAAUUAAUCUCAUUUGAUGUGGAGAUUUAUGCUUAAUUAUAUCAUUUAUAUUUUUUGGAGAAAUAUUUUUAUACAAAAAUAAACAGGUUCCAGCAACUAAAAAUCAUCCUUAUUCUCAGAAAUGUGUCCAUACAUUUUUUUGAUAGAAUUCCAAACUGUUGCCACAUUAUGGAUUCUAUAUUUCACACCGAGAAACAUUUGAUAAAAUAAAAAUUUCUUGUACAAACACA